CGUACCAUCUACAACUUCCGGCGGUGUUUCGUACAAUGAACAUCUCGUAUCAUUUUCUAAAACAAAAGUAGAAUAAAUAUACAUGUCAAUUUUACGGUUUAAAAAUAAACUGACAAAAUGAAAGCAAUUGUCCAAAGAGUUGUUAAAGCAAGUGUUACAGUUGAUGGUAAAACUGUUAGUAGCAUAAAAAAUGGUCUAUGUGUAUUGGUUGGCAUUGAUAGAAAGGAUGCUCCUAAAGAGGCAGAAUGGCUAGCCAAAAAGAUACUUAAUCUGAGACUGUUUGAUGGUGAAAAUGAUAAACGAUGGGAUAAAAAUGUAAUGGAGAUGAAUUAUGAAGUUUUGUGUGUCAGUCAGUUUACAUUGUGUUUACAAAUGAAGGGAAAUAAACCAGAUUUUCAUAAUGCCAUGGCACCAGAACAGUCAGAACAAUUCUACAAUGACUUCUUACAAAUGAUGGGCAAGAACUAUUCAAAGGAUAAGAUUAAAGAUGGUAUAUUUGGAGCAAUGAUGGUAGUACAUAUAGACAAUGAUGGUCCUGUGACGAUACCCCUGGAAACACCAGAUAAUAUACCUGAACCCAAGGUUAGAAAAUGGCAGACUAACCAAAAAGGUCCAAAGAAAAAAGAUGAUGUGCCUCUUGUAACAACGACUAAUCUUAAAUCGGAGGAUUGUGUUACAUCAUUUUCUGAAACAGAAAGAGCUAUACAAGCAGACAAAAAACAGGGAGACUGUGAUACUAAAGUGGAUGAUGUAGCAGGAUUAAUGGAUGGUUUCACAAUAGAUUCAGGUGGAGGCGAUUAAACUGGUCAUCUGUGAUUUUAAAUGCUGUUAUUGCCAGGACUUUCAUUUAAUUAACCGUUUACUUUGUGUGCUUGGAAAUCUUUUGUGACUUCUUAACUGUGGUGUUCCUAUUUUCUUUUCCAGUUUUCUUGGAAAAUAUUAAGGAGACUUAAAUUUUGCUGAUUGACCAGGUCAUGUGUGAGUUUAAAUGCUUUUAUUGCCAAGACUUUAAUUUAAUUAACUGAUUUACUUUGCAUGCUUGGAAAUUUUUUGUGACUUCUUAACUGUGGUGUUCUUAAUUUUUGACUAUUUUUUUCAGGUUUUCUUGAAAUAUUAAUUAAACAAUAAUUAUGUUUGUCUCAGACUAUUAAAUACUUGUCAAGAAGUUGAUACCCUGUAUUUAGUCUGGUACUAAAUGGUUCUGUACUGGUUCUAAAUAGUUAACAAAUGUACAUGUACUCGAGAUGGCCUUCAGAAGGUCAAGGUUUAAAUGUCUGGCAUGAAAGCUCUGUAUGUAUGAGGGGAUCACAUGUUCUCAGCUCAAUAUAUCAUGUAACCAAAUUCAGCUAAACCUUUUAUCUCUUUAUCCUAUUUUUGUGCCCCUGUUCUAGGGGGAUUUAGAUUUGCACAUGUUCGUUUGUUCACAUUUGAGAUGGCGUUAAGCAGGACAUGGUUUGAAUGCCUUGUAUAAAAGCUUUGUAUGUAUGAAGGGAUCAUAUUAUGUUCUUAGGUCCAUAUAUCAUGUAACCAAAUUCAUAUAAACCUUUUAUCUCUUCAUCCAAUUAUUUGAAUUUGACAAAAAACUGCAAGGAUCAAGUGAAGUUAUUUAUGAAAAGACAAAUAUUUUAUUUAGCCAAACAAUUUUUUUUGCUAUGAAUCUGAAAAUUUCUCCUUUGUCAUGCAAAUAUGGAAUAAUUUUUUUAAAUCUUUUAGCGCAACUACACAUGUACCUCUAGUGAUACGAUAUGAAUAUAAAAUAAGCCUAAUGAUACAUUAUCUGUUUCGGACAUGUUUUCUUUGAUCAGUUUUGAAAUUGCAGAUCUGGUGAAAAUGAAUACAUGUAGUUUUCUAGAAUACUGUAUAUGCUAGAUUCUACUAUAAUUGUUAAUUUUAUGAUGUGACACUUUCUAGAAGACUGUAUAUGCUAGAUUUAGUAUUGUUGAUUUUAUAGCGGACACUGUUUAAAACUACCUAUUUAUUUACCUAUUUAAUUAUGUCAACUUAUUUUUCAUGCAUGGUGUGUGCAAUGCUUGUUAAAGAGAAUAAAAAGAGUAUCUAUA